UAAUUAUAUUUGCAAACCUAAACACGCACAUCCAGCGUUUCGGGCCGAUUGAUUGUCGAUAUAACGGGUCAAAGUCCCGAAAACAGGCGUCGGUGUUACCGAAAUAUCCAGAAAACACGGAAUCCGCUUUGAAUCUCGAUAUGGAGGGACUUUAAUGCCUUUAGCGUUAGCCUGUUAGCUUGGACUGCAUGUGUGUGUGUUUAUAUCAACAAUAACACACGCUCAUCCACAUUCACCACUUGAAUACGAAUAUUAUUGACAUAAUCCACGACUGAUGCUGUUGAAAAGUGAAGCAGUGAAGGAAGCUGCGGGAUCUUCAGGGAUGUAGUGUUUGUUUAGACAGGAGUGCUCAGGCAACGUUGCACGACUGAUACCGGAGUUGGAGCAUUUCACGCGUCCGCAAUGGAGAAGACCGAGAAGAGGCCUGGAUACUUCGCCAGGCUGAAGAAGAAGCGGCAGAGCCAAUCAGAGAAAGCAGAUGCAGAGCAGAACCAAUCAGAUUUGGAAUCCAAGACGCCAGUCAUCCGUGAUCCUGCUGCUAUUGGUCGAUCUCAGGAGAGGAAUGCAGAAAGAGCGAGAGGAUCAGAUGACAACAGCAAACCAUGCAGCCAGACCAAGAAAGAGAAAAGUAAACCUCCAGGAACCGUGCAGUUCACCGUCGGACCGAAGGACACUCUGAACAGCAUCGCUCUGAAGUUCAACAUCACCCCGAAUAAACUGGUGCAGCUGAACCGUCUCUACUCGCACAGCGUCGUACCUGGACAGAAACUGUUCGUUCCUGAUCUGGACCAAUCAGACGGCUCCUCUGAGCAUCUCACAGCGUCAGAGUCGUCAGAGAAGGAGCCUAAGGACAGUGACUCGAGCAGCCGGUCCAGACGGCCCGUGUGUAGAGAGACGUCACCCCUGUCUGAAGACGAGAGUCCGGCCACCGUCAAAUUCAUCAAGAUGAGCUGCAAGUAUUUCACUGAUGGCAUGGGAGUUGUGGGAGGAGUGAUGAUUAUAACGCCCAACAACAUCAUGUUUGACCCGCACAAAUCUGACCCGCUGGUGAUCGAGAACGGCUGUGAGGAGUAUGGUCUCAUCUGUCCCAUGGAGGAGGUGCUGUCUGUGGCCCUGUAUGACGACGUGUCCCGUAUGAAGCUCAAGGACGUGCUGCCGUCUGAUGAACCCCAGGAUCUCUGUCCGUUAUACAGGCCAGGCGAGUGGGAGGAGCUUCCCUCCGAACGAGAUCUGAACCCCUUUAGUCGUUACGAGGCUCUCGGUGCGCCCAACCAGCCAAUCGUGUUAGACGAUAUCGAAACGGCCAUCUCUGAGAUAUCAGAGUGCCAGAUCGCUGACAAAUCGCCGUCGGAUGAAGGUUUCACCGAACUGGAACUGCUGCAGAGCGACUCUAACACCACCUGCUCUGGCCAAGAGGGGGCGCCACUACAGGAGCAAAGAAAGACGCCAACAGACAAAUCCGUGACUGAGGAAGACGAAGAUGAAGGCCUUCACAACCGUUCCACAGAGCUUCCCGACAGGCUGGACGAACCCACGGCACUGGUGCAUGAUGGGAAGGAAGCUGUCAUAGAAGUGGACGAGGUGACCAAAACAAGGGGUGAAACGUUAGUAAAUGGAGUCUCGGCAGUCGAGGCGACCGCAAGCGACCAAAAAGGGAAGACGACCCUAGAGGACUCUGGGAAAUGUAGUUCGCCUGGACCAAAUGUUGAGGAUAAUAAGGGACCAAACUCGGACGUACAGCUUUCUGAAGCGGAGCUGCGCAGACGGGCCAGUGAGGCCGAGAUGAAGUCAUGGCUGCUAAAAAGAAUGCAGAGACCAAUCGAAGGUGAGUGUGACAGUGAAUCGAGCUGCAGGUCCAGACGGCCCGUGCGCAGAGAGACGUCGCCGCUCUCUGAAGACGAGAGUCCAGUCAGCAUCAAAUUCCUCAAGAUGAGCUGCAAGUACUUCACUGAUGGCAUGGGAGUUGUGGGAGGAGUGAUGAUUAUAACGCCCAACAACAUCAUGUUUGACCCGCACAAAUCUGACCCGCUGGUGAUCGAGAACGGCUGUGAGGAGUACGGUCUCAUCUGUCCCAUGGAGGAGGUGCUGUCUGUGGCCCUGUAUGACGACGUGUCCCGUAUGAAGCUCAAGGACGCGCUGCCGUCUGAUGAACCCCAGGAUCUCUGUCCGUUAUACAGGCCAGGCGAGUGGGAGGAGCUUCCCUCCGAACGAGAUCUGAACCCCUUUAGUCGUUACGAGGCUCUCGGUGCGCCCAACCAGCCAAUCGUGUUAGACGAUAUCGAAACGGCCAUCUCUGAGAUAUCAGAGUGCCAGAUCGCUGACAAAUCGCCGUCGGAUGAAGGUUUCACCGAACUGGAGCUGCUGCAGAGCGACUCUAACACCACCUGCUCUGGCCAAGAGGGGGCGCCACUACAGGAGCAAAGAAAGACGCCAACAGACAAAUCCGUGACUGAGGAAGACGAAGAUGAAGGCCUUCACAACCGUUCCACAGAGCUUCCCGACAGGCUGGACGAACCCACGGCACUGGUGCAUGAUGGGAAGGAAGCUGUCAUAGAAGUGGACGAGGUGACCAAAACAAGGGGUGAAACGUUAGUAAAUGGAGUCUCGGCAGUCGAGGCGACCGCAAGCGACCAAAAAGGGAAGACGACCCUAGAGGACUCUGGGAAAUGUAGUUCGCCUGGACCAAAUGUUGAGGAUAAUAAGGGACCAAACUCGGACGUACAGCUUUCUGAAGCGGAGCUGCGCAGACGGGCCAGUGAGGCCGAGAUGAAGUCAUGGCUGCUAAAAAGAAUGCAGAGACCAAUCGAAGACAUGCUGCUGUCCAAUGAAGAAAAGAGCAAAGCUCCGCCCAUGUUCCUCUGCUUUAAGGUGGGGAAACCAAUGAGGAAGUCCUUCGCCACUGGUCGGACGUCUAGCCCCGCCCACUCGUACAUUGGCAGAGGGCGGCAGCCGGAAUAUUGGUUUGCUGUGCCUCAAGAGAGAGUGGACCAACUGUACUCGUUCUUCAUCCAGUGGUCUCCAGACACUUAUGGGAAAGACGCUCAGGAGCAGGGCUUUGUGGUCGUGGAGAAAGAUGAGCUCACCAUGAUCGACAACUUCUUCAGUGACCCGGUUCCUCGCAGCUGGGAGAUCAUCACGAUUAAUGAGGCCAAGAGACGCCAGAGCUUCAGCUUCGAGGAUGAGGAACCUCUAGAGCUUCUUCCUGUUCUGAUGGACGCCAGUGCUCUUCUGGAGGACACGCACAUUGAGAAGUUGUCCACUCGUUUGCCGGCCCGUGUUCAGGGCUAUCCGUGGCGUCUGGUCUACAGUACAGUGGUACACGGUACCAGCCUGAAAACCCUGUACAGGAACCUACUGGAACUGGACUGCCCUGUGCUGAUGGUCAUCAAAGACAUGGACAAUCAGAUUUUUGGAGCGUUUUCCACUCACCCUUUCCGAGUGAGUGAGCACUGUUAUGGUACAGGAGAGACCUUCCUCUACAGCUUCUGCCCAGAGAUCAAGGUUUACCGCUGGACGGGUGAAAACUCAUACUUUGUGAAAGGAAACACAGAUUCCCUUCAGAUCGGUGGAGGAGGGGGUCGUCUGGGCCUGUGGCUGGAUGCCGACCUUUACCACGGCACUACGUCCAAAUGCUCCACCUUCAACAACCUGCCACUGUCCUCCAAACAGGACUUUGCCAUCCAAAAUCUGGAGGUGUGGGCCUUCGAAUGAGCGCCUGCGUCGCACGCAAACGUCCACACACUAACGUACCCAUGCGCACCAAGAGACGCCACGCCACGCUCACAGCAUGAUGACAUACAAAGAACCUACUUGACGCUUUAUUCCCGUACUGUACGAGGCUGUUCGUGUGAAUCCAGUCCUACUUGACCACGUGGUUUUACUUGGUUUCUCCUAGCCUGAGCCUAGUUUCCUAGUCUGACUAGAGCGCACAGAGAGAAGUUUGUGGCAGCGAUGCCACCCACAGCUAUCCCAGCAUGCAGUAUUCUCUAUAGAGAUGUUCUCCUGCUGAAAUAUAACCAAUAUAUAAACACAUAUGUGUACGUGAACGGUAAGGGCUGUGUAUGAUAUUUGGGAAGCGUUCAAAGCCGAAAACAUAUACGGUGGCCAAAUAUGUUGCUUCAAGCCAUUUUCUCGAAUCGUAUUCUUGGUUUACAUCGUGGUGAUUUGAUGCAUUUAGUUGGUGUAUUUUCACGUUCGUUUGAUGAGUGCGCAAGUAAAUGCAAAUAUGUCCACGAAUUGGUUUUGUUGACCAAAGCAUUUUAUUUGCCUUGUUCUCCAAUGUUUUAUAUUUCGUUUUUUUUCUUUUUCUAUUUGAGUGUUUUUUUUUUAUUGGACGUGACAUAAUCAUAUUCCUACGUGACAAGUUUUACUUGUUUUACUGUUUUGUGAAAUUUUAGGGACCUUUUCUAGUUCAUUUGAAAGGGAAGCACUUGAAAUGAUGCCAGUAUUACUCGUGAACACUAUGGUAAUCGCACGCCUGAUUUCAUUAACCGAGUUGCAUCAGUUUCUGGCAAAUCAGGUUCACCACUUCACUGUGGGUUUGUGUAUGCAAUCACUGACUGAUGUCACUUCCUGUUAUGCGGUAGCACGACUGUAUAAGGAAAGUGUGAAAAGAUGCACGGUGCAAAGUUCGUUCUUGCUGUUGGAGGCUUGAUCGGUUGCACAGCUCUUUGAAAGCAUCCACUCAUUUCACUACGAGACCACUUCAGUGGGCAUUAACUAACUGUGUCCAUUCCAAAUCCGCAUUACAUGGUCCAUUAGGAAAAAAAAAAGUUUACAAGUGUUUCAAAGUGUCUCUGAUUUCAAACACUGUCCAGUUGUGUAUGGUAACCAGUGAAUGUCAUAUUUAUUGUGUAUUUCUGUGUUUUAAAGUGAACCAAAUAAAUGCAAUAAAUG